GAACAUGUUUUGGCUGAAAGGGGCGUAGGUUUUGUUGCUGUUUUGCGGGCAAGCGCAGUGGCAGGUUUUGGUGGAAGGUACCAGAAUCGUUGACGAGUUCGUUUCGGUGAGUUGUUGGGCGACACGGCUGCACUUCGAUAUUGGCAGUUAAGGAGUUGUUUUCCCUUGUUGCCGUGGACUGAUUUUGUGACAGCAAGUACUUUAUUUGAGAUAAUCUGUCCAAAAUGCCUGGCAGGAAAAGGCCUGUCCUGUGUCAGCCAUGGGAAGAGGAUGAGUGCCUGGACUACUAUGGCAUGCUUUCCCUUCAUCGCAUGUUUGACAUAGUUGGUUCCCAACUAACACAAAGUGACAUUGAUGCCCUAUCUUUCCUGCUCCAUGAAACACACCCCUUUACACAUCCCUUGGAUCCCCAGCUAUGGACAGCUGAAGACGAGAGUGGUGAAGCAAUGCCUAACAGUGCCUUGCUAUCAGCUUGGCAAAGGUUGAAUCGUGACAGUAGGACACUUAAUGAGAAUAAGUUGGACUCUCCAGAUCUUCAACCCAAGGAUGGGACUGAGCUACUGCUUAAACUUGAGAGAAUGGGAAAAUGUGAUGAGAGCAACUUUACACAUCUCUUGCAACUGUUACGUGUAUUAACACGUCAUGACCUGCUCCCAUAUGUUUCCAUGAAAAGACCCCGCACAGUGUCCCCUGAGAGGUAUACACAUGGCCCAUCUAUAUUGGAUUCUGACAAGCAAAUGGAUAAAUGUCUUAACCCAACCCCUUCAGGCACCAGUGAAGAAAACUGGGAAACAGGGUCUAACGCCAGCAAAAGAAAGAGAAGCGGGACUCAAAAAAGGGGUCGCUGCCCCAAACCAAAGAGAAAUAAAGCGAGCAACACUCCCUCGCAGAAUCCAAUUAACCAGAGCAAAGUAACAUGUGGUGUUCUGAGCAAAGGUUGAUGGUUAAGAGAGAAAGUCUCUUAAAUAACGAAAUGAUCAUGCGCUCUUCAGUUCUCAAACAAGCGCACCACAAAGUUAAGAUCGCCAAUGGAAAAAAGCCUUAACUAGCUGCUCUGACAGUCUCUGGCACUGCAAGUCAAUGGUAAACUUGGGAGCAAAACACAGGCUUGUUUGUUUCUGCUUCCGUCUGUGCUCUAUAUACGACCUGCUCAACAUUUUACAAUAAGCAUCUCAACAUGGACAAUUAUGUUACGAAUAUUGCAAAACCUAACAUGUCUUCAGCUUUCUCCUGGUUGUGGUCCCUUUAAUAAAAGGGAAAGAGUUUGUUUUGGAUCUGUUACUGUGCUAUUAGGAAUCAGGCCAUGGCUGCCAAAUUUUACAGAAAAUUGUGUUACUCAGCUGGCUUAGGUGCCAUGAAUACCAUCAUCGAAAAGUUUUGGACAGCCAAUGAUAUUCAAUUUUUUAACCUGAUUUAUCUUUUUAAAUAUUGUAUUGUUCUAUUAUCACCUUAUAAUGAUAAAAGAGUGUUUUGAAGUGUAUAUUUUGGUUUUAUCACACAUACUUGCUGUUUAUUUAUAACCCCUUUGUGUUAGUGACUGCAUACUGUGUUUAUCUAUUUAUGUAUUUGCAGUAUGUUUUUAACACAAAGACCACCACAGCAUUACUGUCACAAUGGGGUUAGUAUAGAGGAAAAUAAAACACAACCAGAAAAAAGUUUUUGUCCUAAAAAGAAAUGUUUAAAAAUAUUGGUUUAUCAAUAGUUUUUGUAUUUUUAUGGUUAAUUCUUUUGGAUGUUAGACACAAGAUAUGUAAAGAGAACAAAGCAUUUUUACAUUACUGUGUGAUCACAGACUGGCUAGACUUUCAAGCACUCCUUGAGAAAAAGGUAUUCCCAAAAUUAUAUUCUUGAACAAAGCUCUAUUUAAGGUGGUCCUGCACUGUAAGAUCCACUAUUUGGACAAGAAGACAUUGGGCUGAUCUGAUCAUCUGAUCCCCAGGCCAACAAUUUGAUCAGAAUGGGGGCCUAGGGAUAUGGUUCUCAUAUGAUUUUGUAACCUGCCCUGAUUUUCUGGCACAUAUCAGUAAAAAAGACAUUAGAAUGGCACCAUACAUGGGCCAAAAUGUUGACAACUUGGUCUGGAGGGGCUGAGAUGGCAGCUUUUAUCAAUUUGUGUAUGUGCACCUUUACUUGAAUAUUGAUGUUGCUGGAUUCUGAAAACAUGUCUCCCUGUCUAUCUGUAAUGUAACGUUAGAGGUAUUUUUUUUUUUAUAAAAAAAAAAAACCUACAAGUACUGAUUAUUUACUCGGUAUGUGGUACAGGUUCCGUGCAUGGAAUGGUAAACAGAAAUGGCUGUGUGAGUUUUAUGGUAUUGCCUUAACCUGAUUCAAAUAUAUAAAUGGCACAAGCUAGUUAAGAGACAUUUCCUGAAAAUUGAAGCCUGCUCUUACACAUGGGCUGUGUUAAACAGUGUAAUUUUACUUAAAAUAUAAGCUUCAUAUGCACAAUGGCAGUAUCUUUCUUUCCUUUGCAACAGAAAAUCAUUUGCUUUAAUAUUACUGCAGUUGAAUAAUGCUGAAAGCAAGCAUUGUUACAACCAGUGAGCAGCAAUACAUCUUAUACAACUGCAUUAAACAAUUUACAUUUGGUACAACUGGGUUUCUAGCAGCUUUCUUUGUCCAGAAUUUUGUAUUGCAGUCUAUGUAUACUGGCUAUUUAGUGUAUAGCACCCAAUGCUGCAAUGGGUUUCUGGUAUUAAAAGAUAGGAAUACACUGCCAAGUAAAAUACUAAAUACAUUGCUUUAGGAUUUGGCCAAAUACUGUAUAUCAUUUAGAAUAUUAAAACUAGCAGCAACCUUUAUAUGGUCACUAUGUAUCACUUACGCAAGAGCAUCCCAAGUGUUGUCAAUUCUAAUAAAGAUUUCACUGAAAGGAUGCUAAGGACUGUGCUGCUGAUUUCUGAUAAAUACUGUCAUUUCUGUUGAAUCCUGCAUGUUGUGCUUCCUUGGUGCAAAUUGCAACAUACAGCAAGUAUUACUCAAAGAAAAUGGCUUUAAAAAAACCCAAUUGAACAUAGCAGCAUUACAGUGGCUGCCAUACUUUCCAGUGCUAUGUCUCUUUUCAUUGUGCAGAAGCACGCCUGUUAAUCAUGUACUUGAAAUCCAGCAACUGUUACUAGAUGUGCAAUAUUGAAUACAAUUCCAUGCCUUUACAAAUUGUUCUGCAAACUCUGCAUUCUGUAAACCGAAUUCCUUUGCAAUCUAUUGUGUCAUGUAAGAAAGAUUGUGUAAAUUAAAGAAAGAGAAUGCUUUCUCCACUUCAUUACUCAUCA